CUAACUCUUUUCAAUAUCAUUUGUGUUCAUCAUCUUCUCCAAUAAUCAUUUUUGGAGUUUGAAACCAUCAUGGCUGAAUUAGUUGGUGAAGCGCUUCUCUCUGCUUUCCUUAAUCCGUUGGUUGAAAAGUUGGCUUCGGAGGUUGAGGACUACUUCAAAGGAAAACAAGCCAUUCUUAAGCUAGUGAAGGAGUUGAAAACUAUGUUGUCUUUGGCUGGUCUACUGCUUAUUGAUGCUGAGGAGAAGCUGAUCAAAGACCAAGCAGUGAAGAAGUGGCUUGAUGAUCUCAAGGAGACGAUUUAUGAUGCUGAUGACUUGGUUUAUAAGAUCGACACUAAAGAGUUGCGAAGCAAAUUGAAAGGCGAAUCUCAAAGCGGCUGCACUUGUAAGGUACUUAUGAAACUCAUCCCAACUUCUAUUACUGCUUUCGAAAAGGCUAUAAAACUUGAGAUAGAAGAUAUAGUUGGGAGAUUAAAACUUCUUAUAGAGAAUAAAGAUCUUGGUUUGAAACAUAUAGAAAAGUUGAAGAUUCCGAAGAGAGUAGUUGCUCCUUUGCUAGAAGAAUCUGAUGUUUAUGGAAGGAAUGAUGAGAAAGAAGCUAUUAUUAAGUUGCUACAUUCAAAUGACGCGGCUGAUGGUGACAAAUUUUCUGUGAUUCCCAUAGUUGGGAUGGGUGGUAUUGGAAAGACAACUCUUGCUCAAAUUGUAUUCAAGGAUGAGAGAGUCGAUGAAAAUUUUGAUACCAAAGUAUGGAUCAUGAUGGGAGAUGGUAAACUUGAUUGCAUGAAAGUGAUGAAACUAAUUUUUGAGAAAGUCAAAUAUGAGAAAUGUGAAAUUGAGGAGCCAUAUGACCUUCAAGAUGAAAUAAAGAAAGCCUUGAGUACAAAGAAGUUUCUAUUUGUUGUGGAUGACGUUUGGGAUGAGGAUCCUACUAAGUGGGAAUAUCCGAUGUUGAUGGUUGGAACUAGUUAUUAGCGAAACAUGCCUCAGUCGAUGUUGACUUAAGAGUAAUGAUAUGUGCAUCCAAAAUAUACAUUCAAACAUUAUACACAGUCAUGUGUCAGUUUAAGUUAGCCAAUCACAUUUAUUAAAAUUGAGAUCCACUAUUUAAAAAAUGAAUGACACGUCACUGUGUGUAAUGUUUAGGCGCAUAUUUUGGGUGCCCAUAUCAUUACUCGUUGGUUUAAAUGAGUACUCGGAUCUCCAAGAGGUUGGGGAAAAAAUUGUUGACAAGUGUAAGGGUCUUCCUUUAGCAAUUAAGUCAAUGGGUGAUCUCUUACGUGGGAAACAUAACAAAGAGGAAUGGGAGAACAGCCUGAACAAUGACACAUGGGGGUUGUAUGAAAGAAGAAACAUAAACGUUCUUCCAGCUUUGUGGUUGAGUUAUUAUUAUUUACCUUCACAAUUAAAGCAAUGUUUUGCUUACUGUUCUCUAUUUCCAAAAGAUUACAUGUUCACACAAAAAGAGAUAAUCUUUUUAUGGAUGGCAGAGGGUCUCUUACAUUCUAAAAAAGAAAAGGGAAUUGAAGAAGUUGGAGAAGAGUACUUUCAAGAGUUGAUUUCAAAGUCAUUUUUCCAACCAUCAAGUGAGAAUAAGUCGACUUUUCUCAUGCAUGAACUUAUACAUGAGUUAGCUAUGUUUGUUUCUGGUGAGUUUUGUUCAGUGCUGAAUGAGAAUAAAUUAUCUCACAAAGUUCGUCAUUUGUCUUAUAUGCGAGAUUGUGGAGGAAUUUUUUACUCUAAAGAAUUUGAGGAGGAGUUAUCUCAAGCUAAGUGUUUGCGAACCUUCUUAUUAAAACUCCAAUGGAUAGAACUAGAUCAAGUAUGGUUGUCGAUUAUAGAGCAAUUACAUGAAGCUUUCCCACGCUUAAGAGUAUUAUCUAUAGCCAAUCAUUACAUGAACAAAUUACCCGAUUCAAUAGGUAGUUUGAAGUACUUAAGAUAUUUGGAGUUAGAAUGUUGUGAAAUGAAAAAGAUACCUGAUACAAUUUGUAACUUGUAUAAUUUGGAGACACUAAUAUUGUCUGAAUGUGGUCAAGUUACUCGACUUCCGACUAAUAUAGGAAAUUUAUUCAAGCUGCAACAUCUUCAUAUUCCUCCUUACUUAGAAGAGAUGCCAUUGCAAAUUAGUAAAAUGAAAAAUCUUCAAACGCUAAAUAGGUUUGUUGUAGGCGAAAAUGAGUUUGUCAUUACACUUUUAGAAGGGCUUCAAGAUCUACGAGGGACACUACGUCUUUUUGGACUUGAGAAUGUGGAUAGUGUUGAGGAUGUUUUGGAGGCUAAAUUAAAGAACAAGAAGUUUCUCAGUCAGCUACAUUUGUUUUGGGCUAAAACUCAUAAACCCCAUGACUCAGAAAGAGAAAAAGAGAUACUCAGUGCCCUCGAACCUCAUGCAAGUCUGAAGGCAUUCACUAUACGUGGCUACAGAGGGUAAUAGUUUCCCAAAUUGGAUUGGAAAUCAUUCCAAUGUAGUAAGGGUGAAUCUGUGGCAUUGUGAGACUUGUAGCUUCUUGCCACCAUUGGGACAACUUCCUUCACUCAAAGACCUUGUAAUUCGAGGUUUGUAUGGUGUGGUGAAAAUAAGCUCUGAGUUUUAUUAUUCAACUAGUGCUGAUUCUUCUUUGGUAACAAAGACAAAGCCAUUUAGAUAUCUGGAGAGCUUGAGUUUUGAAGACAUGAGAGAGCUUCAAGAGUGGUCGUUUAUUGAGAAUGGAGUUUUUCCUCGUCUUAAGAAACUUGGCUUUGAAAGUUGUGAAAAACUCAAAGUGUCAUUAUUACCUAAUUAUUUUCCCUCCUUGAGAGAGCUUGUAAUAGAUGAAUGUGAGCAACUAAUGUCAUUUCUCCCAGUGGCUCAACCAACAGAGGCCUCAUUUCCACCUCUUGAGAUUUUGCAAAUAAAAGGAUGUGAUGGGCAGGAAUCACUCUUAGAAAGGGGAUUGCCUUGGAGUUUAAAGUACAUUGAAAUUGUCAGUUGCAGAAACUUGAAGGCCUUAGAUGAGGAGGCAUUUCAACACCUCACCUCCCUUGAGAAGUUGCAAAUUGAAUACUGUGGUAACCUCCAAUACUUGUCAAAAGAACUACCCACUUCACUUUCUCAUCUAUGCAUUAGGCAUUGUACAAUGCUAGAACCACGGCUGGAGAAAAACCUAGGGGAAGAUUGGCCAAUUAUUGCUCACAUCCCCAAUAUUAUUGUUGUGGAGUAUUGAGAUGUGACAGUCAGAAUCCUGUGAUCCGAAGGAGGAAAGACCAGGAAAAAAGCUGUGCAAUCCCACAUCGUCUGGGAAUGUUAAGUUUGAUAAUUCUAAGACUGUGUAGGUAUGGGACUACACAAUUGAAGAUGACUUGAGCGGAUUGAUGAGUACUACCUAUGCCAACAAGAUGCAUCAUCUUUUCGGUAGCCCAUCACUUGAGAAUGACCUGGAGCAAUCUAAUGAUUGGUGACCUCCUGGGAAGUUUUCCCAGGAAGUGUGCGAGUGAGGACAAAGUACGCUGGAAAGAUUCGUAUUGGUUUGUAGGGUCAAUCAUCAUUCCAGGAAACAGUCAUAGUAACGUGGGGCGUUAUAUAAGAUGAUACAUUUCUAAGAUGAUGUUGAAGAUGGCAAUGACAGUGACGAUUCUAAUUUUCUACACAAGCUCCAACUGAUUCCAGCUUAAUUCAUGGUGACACUUUCAUCCAAGAAUCAAUGAAGGAAAUGAAUAUAAAGUACUACAAAUCUAUAUAUCUCGCUUAUUUUUUUGGAUUUCAAGUGUCUUUUCGCACUAUGCGGAUCUCGUGCGGCUUAGCUCACUCUUUGGGAUCGGUGUGGAUCGAAUGCCCGCUAGGGAAUUGACUCUUGAUACCAUAACAAGAAUCAUAAGACUUCAUUUAAAAACCAAUUGGUUUUGGCUCACAUUUGACAGCUGGUCUCCAGAGGAGCCAAUAAUUUUAUCUGGUGAUCAUCUGGUGCCAUCUAGAACUUUGCUAAAUGAUGAUUUCAAUUUUCUUUUAAUUAUUUCUUCGGAUGUAAUGUAAAUUUUUGUCAUUUGGAUGAAGACUUUGAAAACCACAUGUAUGCACAAGGUUAUACAAUCUUACCCAUUAGCUGA